UUUAACAUUUUACUAGUAGAAGUUUGUUUUGAAAGUGAACGUACACAUUACGAAAUCCAAAAAUGGAUCUAGAAUUUAUUGUAUUGCAUAUAGUCUAACCCCGAAUACCAGAGAGCCCAUCAUCAUCUCAAGUCAACCAUUUUGACUGAGCAACCAAAGCUUACUGUUCAGCUGAUUUCUCCUUAAAAAACCCCAAACCCCAAAAACAUCAUUUCUUCCCAAGACAUGGCUGCUUUAUACAAUUCUUCCCUUUUCACUUCAACCUUUCUUCUCUUAAUUGCCACUGCCUUUGCUGAGAUCCGAUCCACUCAGAUCCGAUCCGAUUCCCGUUCUACUAUCCCUUUUGAUGAAUUCGGGUACACCCAUUUCGGCCGUCUCAAUCUCACCGUCACCGACAUCUCCUUCUCCAACCCCAAAUCCGGACCCGGAUCCCAAUUGGGUUUCUUCCUCGUGACCCGUGAAGCUUGGCAGCGCGUUCUUGAUCAACUCCAAGAUGUUGAAAUACGAUGCACUCUCCAUUCGGAUCUCGUUAAACGGGUCUUCGUAUUCGAUCAAUUGCAACCGUCCGAUCGUAGGUUCACGACGUCGUUUAGUGUGUCUGAUGCGAAUCAGUUCACUCUAGUUUUUGCUAAUUGCAUGCCGAAUUUGGCAGUUUCUAUGAGUGUUCACUCGGUAAUGUACAAUUACAACCCGAAGAAUGGGCAGUUUGAUUUUCUGUCUGCAGGCAAGACGGCUCUUCCAGCGAUUUACUUUUUGUUUUUUGUGAUUUAUGUGCUGUUUGGGGGUUUAUGGGUUUACGCGCUUUAUAGAAAGCGAUUAUCGGUUUAUGGAAUUCAUUUCUUUAUGCUUGCUGUUGUGAUCCUGAAGGCGUUGAAUUUGCUAUGUGAGGCUGAGGAUAAGAGUUACAUUAAGAAAACGGGUACUGCUCAUGGGUGGGAUGUGUUGUUCUAUAUAUUUAGUUUCUUGAAGGGUAUUAGUUUGUUUACGUUGAUCGUUUUGAUUGGAACUGGUUGGUCAUUUUUGAAGCCGUAUUUGCAAGAUAAAGAGAAGAAGGUCUUGAUGAUUGUUAUUCCUUUGCAAGUUGUUGCGAAUCUUGCACAGGUUGUGAUUGAUGAAACGGGUCCGUUUGGUGAAAAUUCGUAUACAUGGAAGCAGGUUUUCCUGCUUGUUGAUAUUGUGUGUUGUUGUGCUGUAUUGUUUCCGAUUGUGUGGUCGAUUAAGAACUUGCGUGAGGCAGCUAAGACUGAUGGUAAAGCUGCGGUGAAUUUGAUGAAGUUAACGUUAUUCAGGCAGUACUACGUUGUUGUGAUUUGUUACAUAUACUUCACAAGAGUUGUGGUUUAUGCAUUGGAGACUAUUACUUCCUAUCGGUAUCAGUGGACUAGUGUGGUGGCUGCUGAAGCGGCAACUCUUGCCUUCUAUGUCUUUACGGGGUAUAACUUCAGGCCUAAAGCACACAAUCCAUAUUUUGCGAUUGACGACGAGGAGGAAGAAGCUGCUUCUGAGGCACUCAAGCUUGAAGAUGAAUUUGAAUUAUGAAUACUCCAUUGUUCACACUAUGCAGAUAUGGUUGACGAGGCAAAGUUGAAAAUACUCAAAUCUCGGAGAAAGGUUCCAACAUUUUGAAAUCACUGCCUAGUUGUUUGUUCAUUAGUGUGUAUAUCCAGCUUCAUAGAUGUCUGUUAUCUUUUUAUCUAUAUUGUUGCAUUAUUCUGUUAUGCAUUGAACUCGGAUGUCGAAUAUCAAGUCAUAAAAAUGUUAUUAGCUUUCAUGUUAAGCUUGA